AACGGGGCUCAACGAUCGUUUUUUCGGUGCACAACCUGUAGAAAAGUAUUGUGCUUGAAAGUGGUUAGCAAAGCUAACACUAGCGAGCUGACAUCGCUUCAUUCAACACGACAUGCACGCCAUUCAUAGCUAAAAUCUUGCGCGGAAAGGGCUCUAACUUCACCCAGUGAAACCACAGCCUGUUGUGAUGUCGGAGCCUAAGCCCCCUACUCCAACCCCUGGAGACACUUACAAGGGUUGGCUCUUCAAAUGGACUAACUACAUUAAAGGCUACCAGAGACGCUGGUUUGUUCUGAGCAAUGGACUGCUGUCUUAUUAUAGGACCCAGGCAGAGAUGGGUCACACAUGCCGAGGCACCAUCAACUUGGCCACAGCCAAUAUUGCAGUGGAGGACUACUGCAAUUUUGUCAUUUCCAACGGAGGGGCGCAGACCUACCACUUGAAGGCCAACUCCGAAGUAGAGCGCCAGCGAUGGAUCACUGCUCUGGAGCUCGCGAAGGCAAAGGCCGUCCACAUGCAGGCUGAAUCUGAUGACUCGGGUGACGAUUGUCCUGCAGUGCCCCCGUCCUCAGGACAGGGUGGAGGCUGCCGUAACUCGGAAGUCCAGUCCACACUACGCACACUCAACAGUAAGGUGGAGGACCUCACCACCUGCAACGAUCUUAUUGUCAAGCAUGGGUCUGCCCUCCAAAGGUCUUUGUCAGAACUGGAGGGGAUUCGUAUCGGAGGGGACAUGGGGGAAAAGAUUAGACAAGUUACAGAGAGAGCCACUCUUUUCAGAAUCACAUCUAAUGCUAUGAUUAAUGCAUGUAGAGACUUCCUGUCCCUGGCCCAGAGCCACAGUAAGCGCUGGCAGAAGGCCUUACAGGUUGAAAGAGACCAGAGGAUACGGCUGGAGGAGACUCUGGAGCAGCUGGCCAAACAGCACAACCACUUGGAAAGAGCUUUCAGAGGAGCUACAGUUCUGCCCCCUUCAUUCAGCAAUCCGGCUUUAGGUAACAAAGCAGGCGUUUCAGGAAAAGGUGAUGCCAGUGAUGAGGACGAUGACAAUGAGUUCUUUGAUGCUAUGGAAGACCCAGCAGAGUUUAUUACUGUCCCUGCUGACCCCAAGUAUCACAGGAGAUCUGGCAGCAAUGUUAGUGGGAUCAGCAAUGAGACAGGAAUGGACGAUCAGUCGAUAAAUUUUGAUGAACAGUCUUUGGCAUCCAAUCCAGAGUCUCCACAGUCCCUUGAGCUAGAGUCAGUUCGACAAAGACGGACUCGCAUCCCCGACAAGCCCAACUAUUACCUCAAUCUGUGGAGCAUCAUGAAGAACUGCAUUGGAAAGGAGCUCUCAAAGAUACCAAUGCCUGUGAAUUUCAAUGAGCCUCUCUCAAUGCUGCAACGUCUGUCUGAAGACUUGGAGUACUACGACCUGCUGGAUAAGGCUGCUAAGUGUCAGAGCUCUCUAGAGCAGAUGUGUUAUGUGGCCGCUUUCACGGUCUCUUCCUACUCCACCACUGUUUACCGCACAGGAAAACCCUUCAAUCCUCUGCUGGGAGAAACGUUUGAGCUUGACCGGCUAAAAGAGUGUGGCUACCGCUCCCUCUGUGAACAGGUGAGCCACCACCCACCUGCUGCAGCUCACCAUGCCAUCUCUGAAAAGGGCUGGAGCCUCAGACAAGAAAUUACCCUGGCCAGCAAGUUUCGAGGGAAAUAUCUCUCUAUCAUGCCUUUGGGUUCUAUCCAGUGUAUAUUUGAGAAAAGCAACAAUCACUACUCUUGGAAGAAAGUGACUACAACAGUACACAACAUCAUUGUUGGAAAAUUAUGGAUUGACCAGUCAGGGGAGAUAGAUGUGGUGAACCACAGGACAGGAGAUCGCUGCCACCUCAAGUUUGCUCCCUACAGUUACUUCUCCAGAGAUGUACCAAGAAAGGUAACGGGAGUAGUAACGGAUAAGGAUGGGAAGGCCCAUUACGUGCUAUCAGGUACGUGGGAUGAGAAGAUGGAGUUUUCCAGGGUAAUGCAGAGCAGUAAAGGCGAGAACGGCACUGAAGGCAAACAAAGGACUGUCUAUCAGACCCUCAAAGCCAAAGAAAUCUGGACAAAGAACCCUUUACCAGAGGGAGCAGAGAACAUGUACUACUUCUCCUCACUGGCCUUGACACUCAAUGAAUUUGAAGAGGGAGUGGCGCCGACAGACAGUCGACGACGCCCUGACCAAAGGUUAAUGGAGGACGGCCGUUGGGAUGAGGCCAACGCAGAGAAACAGAGGCUAGAAGAGAAACAGCGCACCACCCGUCGAGAAAGGGAGAGGGAGGCUGUCACAGCCAGCACACCUGAGGAAGCAGUCACUGAGGAUUCAAUCAAUGAUUCACCCUUAAAAACUGAUGCAGGGGAGACUGGCACAGAAGCAAAUGAGGUUUCUGAUGAAACUGACACAGAGGACUCUUCCCCUCAUACACCUGUUGCAUGCCCCCAUCAAGAAAACUACCAAGCACUGUGGUUUGAGAAGUUAGACGACCCCGUAUCCGGAGAGACCUUGCACGUCUACAAGGGCGGUUACUGGGAGGCGAAGGAACAAGGCAAAUGGGACAUGUGCCCGGACAUCUUCUGAUCCCAGCCGAGUCAGCCCGUUUUCCUCUGUGGUGUACAAAUGAGAAGAGGUAAACUACCUUACAUCAGCUAAAAUAGGGAAUCAAGCCUGACAUCAACCUAUCUAAGUCCAUAACUUGAACUGAUCACCCCACUUGGCUCCCCUUUUCCAGCAGUGAUUUGCUCAGGAUGAAGGGCAUCUGGACUUCACCCUCAACGUAGAUGCAAUGCACAUCGUAGCAUUGUUGUAACAUCGUAGCUGAUUAGUGUUCAGCGUUCUCUCUCUCACUGCCUCUCACACACUGAUGUUUAUCUUGAUCUUUGUCUACUGCCUGUUCUUUGGUAUCACCUUUUGAGUUGCAUUUGGCAACAGGUUAUUCUGGUAAUGUCAUUAUGCAUUUUUCUUUACUUUCAAAGGCGUAAUUCAUCCAGGUGAUGUCUUACAAUAACCAUGGUUUGCUUAGAUAUAGUAAGCUAACAUGUCAUUUAUGUGUUUUGUUUUUGUUGUGCAUUCUGGAUUCUGAUUAUAUUAGCCAUGAAUGUAUUGCAGCUUCACCAGCACAGCAACACUGUAAGUCAAAGUUUAAUCAUACCCAACUUUUUAAAUAGUUCACACAGUAAAUAUUCAUUGUACCAGUUUCAGACCACAUCAGGUGCAUAAAUGCACGGGCUUCAGUGGUUCUGACAAAGAAGAGGAAGUAAAAACAAUAAUUUUUGGACUGAUAUAAAAUAAUAAAUGUCACAAACACUAAGACAUGAUACAGAGUUUGCCUUUGAAUUUAUGGUGAUUUGCGGUGCUACUUUAAUUUCUGAAGUGAAACAACUAUACCUACAUAUUAGCCUUUUUUCAUUUUUGCACUUGACUAGUUCAAAAUCUCGUGAUUUUCUUUUUUCUUUUACCCUGAUAUUCCACCGAUCCCCCUAUAUAAUACAUGGUAGUGGUGAAGAGACGUGAAAGGUCAUUAUGAUUAUGCCUCUCCUCAUAUAUUGGCCUGGUAACAUCUGUUGUGGUGACCGAUUUUUCUGAUUCUGGGUCUUUAAAUAGCUGCAGACGACAAGGUUUUUAAAAAAAAGUUUUUCACUAUAAGAACAGUUAAUAAUGGCAUUUCUGUGUGUACCACAUUCAUUUUAAAAGAAUAUAUCUUUAUUUCAUAUGAUAGCAUAGUGAAUGCUAUAUGAACAAAAAUAGAGGCACCAAACAAAUCUGUAAGUACCAAUGGAAUAAUGAAAUAAAUUAAAAAAUACCAACAGCACUUUUGCUAAUAAUGAGGGGGGGGGGGGGGUAUUCACAUUGGUUUUUUUUUUUUUCCUUCAACAAUCAAUUUUGAAGAAUAACUUAACACUAAAUCCACUUGUUUGGAUGAGGAAAUUACAUGUAGAGUUUCUCUACUACACUGUAAAUUGAUCCUGUUCACAUUCUAUAGUGUUUAUUACAACAGAAGUUACUUUUGUUUUUACAGGGAAAACCCAAUAAUCCUAUCCUCUAGACCCCCCGCAAAACCACCCCCCGAUAUAUGGGUGGCAGAUGCAUUUUCUUUUGUAUUUGUGAAGGGGGCAUGUUCAAGCUGAAACUGUCUCUGUAAAGAGUGUAGCUGUUUAUCAUGUAAUUGAGAGCAAGAUCCUAAUAUAAUGAAAUCAUAUUGACUCCAAGAAUGCUUAAGUUGAAGAUAAAAUGUGCUAUCAAGUCUAUUUUCAUUCUCCACCCAAGCACACAAGAGCCUAAAGUUUGUGCUCUUAAUGAUGCUUGGAUCGCCUCUAACAGUUGUGCUUUCAAAGUAAAUAUCGAGACGCACCAUUUAAACAGUCGAGGUUGAUUUAAGAGCAGCAGAGCUGUGCUCCAAGUUGUCACUGAGCUGUGUGCUGAUUCUACUGGCUUGAUGAUUAGUGAAGUGAAAGGAAAUGCGAGGUGUUUUUGUCUUCCUGGUUUCCUUUUAAAUGUACUGAUCAUAGCUUUAAUCUUGAUUUAGGUUAUUUCAGUAUUUCGUGUGUUGGGAGUGUAGAUGUAUAAAAGACAGCAAUAAGAGUGCCUCAGUGCGUAUGUACAUGUGGCACAAAAUGAAAUGCGUGAAGCGGGGAACGCUGCACACUGCAAAUACUAAAAUCUGUCAUUGUAUUCAUCUCUGUUGAUGAUAUGAGUGUAAGGACUGUGCGGUUGAUGGAAAUCAAAUUUUUAUUUUAUAUUCAAGUGUACUUAAAAGGAGGACACUGAAGAUCACAAAACAUAAUGUUGCAAAUAUUUCUGUGUAAAUAUAAUAAAUAGUGACGUAAUUGUGAUAACUGGUUAUAUUAGAGAAUCUAAUGGCGGUGAAGCACUUUUAUUUCUUUUUCUUUUUUAUUGUUUUCUCAGAACUGGAUGCAUUUUCAUUGUCUGAGCUGAGAGUACCAUGUUACCACAAGUCACCCUCUACCAGAUAUGAUAGCUUUAUUUUAAAUAUUAAUUUCUUUUGGUCUGAACCAUCCCUUACUCUGAUCUACUGUCAUUCCAUACAUCAUUUAAACAGAUGAUGUUGUGUUAUGAUGAGUGUGUUGUGAGGAAUAUACAGCUUAAAUUACAGAACGACUUUACAGGUUUCUGUCUGUCCAGUCUUUUUCGACAAAAAUAAUCCUAUCUCCACUGUUCAAAAUUGCAUAGCCGCAUUAUUCAAUCUGUGUGUUUUUAACUUCUUUCUUAAGUUUCCUUUUUUACCCCUUUUAUUGUUUCCAGCUAUUUUUUUUUUUUUGCCCCUGCACUGUGGAGAUGAGACGAUGCCCCAACUUCCCACAAUUGGUAAAAAUUGACUGUAGGUGUUCUUGCACUUCCGUACAAUAUCCAUUAUUUAUCAUGCCCUAUGUGAUUUGACUUUUUGAUGUUGGCUACUGAAGAUUUGUCAUUUUGUGAGUUUGUUUUGAAAACUUUUCCUAAACCAUGUUCAGUAAUUGCAAACGUGUGUCCAUUAGUUAAAAUAUGCAGCUGUAUGGACUCACAGUUCUGAGCAUACUUUUCACCUUUUCUGUCCUUCAAUGCAGUUUCUUAGCAGGAUUGUGUUAGAGGUUGACAAUAUUAAAGUCUUAAUGGAAAUGAA